AUGGGAAAAUUGUCAAAAUAUACGGGCCAACUGCCCUUUGGGCGUGGGAAGCAAGGCUCUCCAAAUGAUACAGAGGGUUCGCAUCACGAGAAGCAACAGAAAUAUGUUGGUCCUUACGAGAACACUCCUAUUCCCCGCGUCACCAUCCACUCCUUCAUUAUGGGUGUAUUUGUGUCUAUGGGAGGCUUUAUUUUCGGCUAUGAUACUGGACAAAUCUCUGGAUUUCUUGGCAUGGCAGAGUUUCAACAGCGAUUCGGUCAACGCCACUCAGAUGGCACCUAUUAUUUCAGUAACGUCCGAUCAGGUUUAAUCGUUGCCUUGCUUUCAAUUGGUACUUUGAUGGGCGCACUCAUUGGAGGACCUGUUGCGGAUCGCAUCGGGCGAAAAUGGUCUAUUUUCGCAUGGUGUUUGAUGCUACACGUCGGGUUGAUAGUUCAGAUGACUUCUGCAAACCACAAGUGGUAUCAAAUCGUCGUGGGAAGAUGGAUCGCGGGUCUAGGUGUUGGGGCCUUGUCACUGCUAGUCCCCAUGUACCAAAGUGAGAGUGCUCCAAAGCAGAUUCGAGGUGCUCUGAUCAGUACCUACCAACUUUUCAUUACCCUUGGAAUUUUCGUUGCCAACUGCAUCAACUUUGGCACUGAAAAGAAGACCAGUACCGCCUCUUGGAGAAUUCCAAUGGGCAUUUCCUUCGUUUGGGUCGCAAUUCUAGGCUUCGGCAUCAUUUUCUUCCCAGAAAGUCCUCGUUACGACUACCGCCACGGACGUGUUGACCAAGCGAAACGCACUAUGAUUAAGCUCUAUGGCGUUCCUGAUAACCAUCGCGUCGUUGCAGAAGAGUUGGCAGAAAUCAAGGAGAAGCAUGAUGAGGAACUAUUGCAUGCGAACCAGAAGUGGUGGGAGAUCUUCACUGCCCCGAGAAUGCCAUACCGACUUGCUUUGGGAAUUACGUUACAAGCACUGCAGCAACUCACAGGUGCCAACUACUUCUUUUACUAUGGUACAGUAAUCUUCAAGUCGACUGGUAUCAACAACUCCUAUGUCACGCAAAUGAUCUUGGGUGGAGUCAAUUUCGGCACAACUUUCUUGGGUCUCUACGUAGUAGAACACUUCGGUCGUCGCAAGUCCCUCAUAUUUGGCGCCUGCUGGAUGUUCGUCUGCUUCAUGACCUUUGCAUCUGUCGGCCACUUCGCACUGGAUCGGAAUGUGCCGCAGAACACCCCGCAUGCAGGUAAGGCUAUGAUUGUCUUUGCUUGUUUCUUCAUCCUUGGAUUCGCAUCAACAUGGGGUCCAAUCAUUUGGACAAUCUGUGCAGAGCUCUACCCCUCCCGUUAUCGAUCAACGGCAAUGGGAAUGUCGACUGCCUCGAAUUGGUUCUGGAAUUUCUUGCUGGCAUUCUUCACUCCGUUUAUUGUUGGUGAUAUCGAUUUCCGCUAUGGAUAUAUAUUUGCCGGCUGCCUGUUCUUGUGUGCUGCAACGGUAUAUUUCUUCGUCAUAGAAGGUCAAGGGCGUACCUUGGAAGAAAUUGACACCAUGUAUAUCUUGCACGUAGAUCCGCGAAAGAGUACACAAUGGAUAGCACCACCACCAGAAGAGCUUAUCACGACGGAAAGAAUUGCUCGGGGAGAGGUUGCUGGUACAGGUGCCGACUUGGAAGCAAGUGCCAGUGCAAGAGCCCGAGCUAAGGAGACAGCACCUGGUAAUUACCUUCAGUAUUUGGCAUCAUCCGAGAAUCCGCUGACAUUCAUGUAG